GGGGAGUGAAGACUUUUGCAAGGCGCCGUUCAUCACGCAGUUUGUUUUCACUCUGCUCAAUAAAAUACGCUGGAUAUCAAAACACAGCGCUGAUGGGGGCAGACAGCUGACAGAAGGCAGAGCGGAGGCGAAACCCCUCCAGUCCGGGCGCGUUCUGCAGCGGAGCCGGCCGAGCGUCAGCAUGGACAACAUGGAGAACCUGUUCAAGCCCAGCCUGGCAGCAGCUCUGAAGAAACUGGACCCGGAUGAUGGAGAGCAGAUUAUGGAGUACUUUAAAACCCACGCGCUGCUGAGCAGAGAAAAAGCCUUGCUGCAGGCGUCGGUCAGAGAGCAGAAGAAGCUGCUGGUUGAAAACGCCAAACUGAAAAAGGACAUUGAGCAGCUGAGGGGUCAGCUGCAGGACAAGCAGAAGAGACGCACCGCCAAAGAAUUGUUCUCUCAGGCUCCGCCCCCUCCCAGUGUAAGCCCCGCCCACCCCAACCCUGACCCCACCCGGCCCUCAGGACCAACAGCUGCUGUUCCUUCAAACUGUCCUCCCUCCAUUUCCUCUGGUGAGAGCAGAGACCGACCAGGCAGGCGGCGGAGAGGAGAGAGGAAAGCUCGUCCGGCCUCAGACCCGCUCUCUUUGGGGGCGGAGUCUCACAUCGAUGCGUCACGCCUGGACCUGCGUGUUGGAAGAAUCCUGAGCGUGCAGCGCCACCCGCUGGCGGAAGCCAUGAGUGUUCAGGAAGUGGAUGUUGGCGAAAACUCUCCGCGGACCGUCGUUAGCAAACUUGGAGCGUCACAAGAUCUGGACCAGCUGCGCGGCUCUCUUGGAGUGUUUCUAUGCAACAUGAAGGCCUCUAAAAUGAGGGGCGUGGCCUCACAUGGCCGCCUUCUCUGUUGCUGCUCUGAUGUCAUCACUGAGCUGCUGGCGCCACCUUCAGGCUCCGCCCCCGGAGACAGAAUCACCUUCCUGAGCUACCCUGGCGAGCCGGACGGUGAACUUCCUUCCAAGCAGAGGAUCUGGGAGCUGCUGCUGCCUGACCUGCAGGUGGACGGUAAAGGUGUGGCCAACUACAAAGGCUGUGGGUUUGAGGUGAAGGGGAAGGGGCUGUGCAGGGCUCCAUCUCUCACCAGCUGCACCAUCAGAUAGAAAACUGCCCCCUUCUGGCUCAUGUGUGUAAUAACUGCUGGAAGACGUUUCUGCUGUUGUGGCUGCAAAUGAACUGACAGAGCAAAGACAAAAUACUAAAAUAAACAGACAAAAGAA